ACUGCUCGUGAAACUCAAAGUAGGUCAGAAUAAAAAAAUGAUCUAAAUAUUUUUUGUACUUCUACAUUUGUGUCAGGUUAGAAAGAAAUCGGAGUGUAACUUUUGAGUAGAUUUACUUCUAAGAGAUAUAAUAUAGAUAGCACUGAGGUCUUCGCAAUCGUUCAAGAGGUCAAGCAUGUUCAAUCUUUGAAGGUGUUUAUUGAUAAGCUUGACCUUUGAAAAAUGGGUGGAAAAAACGUAACUACUAAAUAAAAACUGUUUUUUAAUUAAUUUUAGACGCCCAUAAGGCUUGGAUCUUUUUUGCUUCUUGUAAAAAGGCAUUAUGGAUAACAGGUAACCCAUUGGUAACAAAAAUUCGAAAAUCAUAAUCUUGCGAGUCUGAUCAUUUUUGCUAGCUAUGGCUAAUUGUUUAGCUGAUGGGGAGAACGAAGCUGGAGAAGCGAUCAUAUACACCCUCACUAUAUUUCACUCUUUUCUUUGUUUCCCCUACAUCACCCGCUCUUAGAAUACUGUGCGACAGAGAAAGCGUUUGACUUGACGCAUUUCUGUCGUGCAAUCUUAUGGCCAGCCAUCCUAUAAAAAUGCGCGUCUAUUUUACAAGUCUGUGACAAUUUUAUACAUGAAAUUAAAACAGAAUAUCGUCCGAUAUUUCGUGACACAAAUAACACCGAUCACUCGCAACUAUCGUGCAAUUCUUUUAUUUCGAACAAAAAGAUUUUUUUUUUUAUUAUUAUCGCCCGAUGUCGCAGCACAAAUAAUACCGUGAUCAUUCGUGACGAUUUUUCUGUUUCAAACAAAAAAGAACUCGUCCAUUUCAUUUCAUCUGCGAAGAACGUUUAUCUCACCGUGUAAAUAAAAGUGGUUAUCUUCAAUGGUCUCAUUCGUACAAUUGCUAUCGCGACGCUCGCGUUAAAAGUCUCGCUAAUUGAUGGGUGGAUGAGGUUAUUUGCAACCACCAAGUAUCGCAAAGCGAGCCGAGAUCCAAAAACUUGGGAAUUACGAGGUUCCGUUUAAUCAACGAGGGCGAUUAGCUCAAGAUUAGCUGAAAAGAAUACCACCCCUAGGAGCACAGCACGUGUACCCGCUCGCCUCGGGAAUUAACAUCCGGAUCGAAUCGUCUAGGGCGCAUAGCCGUCUGUUGUCAAUUGUUGUCCGUUGUUCUCUCACCCGCGCGUGAUUUCAGGCAUCGGUCGGUCGGUUCGCUCAUACGGUGCAUAUUAAAUCACGAAGCGUCUAUCAAUUGGCACGAAUGCAUUAUCUCUCUGUCCCUUUGCGCACAAGCAAAUCAUAUCAGUACCCAGAGCGAGGAGUAACGAGGUAGAAGAGAGAGAGAGAGAGAGAGAGAGAGAGAGAGAGACCGACUGAACGCGCUUCGAGAAUGCUUGAAGUGCGCGUCGAGCAGGCGGUAAACACGAGGAAGGCAAAGGCCUUUAGCCGGUGCAUUAGAGUGCCACUUAUGCACGAUACCCUCGUCGGGUGUGUUGCUAUGUUCGGUUGGCGCACGCACAGAGCGGCGAGCGAGCGAGCGAGCGGAUGGAUACACGGCCCAGAUUAGGUGGAGGCGCACAAAGUGUGCGAGAGGGCGUGCGCGGCGCGUUCAUAAUAAUAUUUGCAUCUCGACAGUGGCUCUUCCUUACUUUCUUUAAAGGGAGCGCGCGCGUGCAAUUAUCGGCGUCUCGCAUCGCGGCGCAUUACGCUGUCGGUUAUUCAUUGUUCCUUCUUCGUUCGCUGCGUUUCCUCCCGUGGGGAUUGUAACGCCUUGGCACGUGCAAAGUGUUCUUAUCGUGACGUAGAAGAGACACGAUUCGGCGUGACAGACUCGAAGGAAGCCAGCGAAUUUGGAACAACGACCCGAGUCGAAAUUUUGAUCCUACUUUCGACCUCAACACGCCACUUGACACGUCUACUUCGAUACUCUGAAGCCAAUGUCAACCUCUUUAGAUUCCAUUCAACUUACUAGCGUUGUCGAGAGGUCCUCUUUGGAACCUGCAAGUGGCAUUUUGUGCGUCUUCUACUACUUAGAAGCGCUAAGUAGGACUUCAGUUUUCAUGCGUAUUAAACACACACUGAUUCUUCAGAAUAUACAGAUGUUAAGAAAGUUCAGCUGUCGAAAUUUCAACUUGGGCGGUCUCGCCGUUCUGAUCUCGCAAGGAUCGUCUAUCGAGGUCCUUGAGUCGGAAUUUUAGACCCACUUUUGACCUGAAUCUUCUAACAUUGGUGUAUUCUGAGGAAUCAGGGUAUGCUGAAUGGGGUAAAACAUUCAAUUAUUAAUCCCCCUUAUUCAUGGACAUUCUAGAAAAGUCAGGUCUCUCUUGAGACCGACCGUUGUUCACAGUUUUAGUUGUGAAGUUUUCCCUUGGAAUUAUUGAAUGCAGGCAAAAAGUUCAACAACAAUGCUGGUCGCAUGGAAAACCAUAUUUUUUUCUCCAGAGUGUCAUUGGCCGCGAGGGGAUGUCGAUGAUUGGGCGUCUUGUCUUAUACAUGGAAACUGCAAGACUAUUUAGUGCCUUUAAGUGGCGGAAGACACACAGAAUGUCGCUUGUAAGUUCAAAAGAAAAGACGUCUUGGCAACGUUAACGGGUUAAAUAGAAUCAAAAGAGAUAUUGAUGUAGGCUUGAGAAAUCAAAAUCACUUAUAGGCUCAUUAUAUAGGCUUCAGAUAUCAAAAUAGACGUUAAAUGGGAUGGUCGAAAGUGGGGUCAAAAUUUCAAUUUUAAUUAUCUCGUGAUACUGGUGAAACCAAGGGACGCUGAACAGACUUGAAAAGCAUGCUCGAUACGAAUCUUGUCUGCAAUAUUCGCAACUCAAGGAAACAGCGAUGCAAAUCGGCAAAAACUACUUAAACAAGAUCCGCGGUCCCGAUCAUCAUCGUUGUCAUCGUGCUAUUGAACACGCUAAUUCGUUUCAGGUCACGUCGCGUUUCGGAUUCGCGAUAAAUUUCCGGUACGCUCGUAAAAAGGUCGUGAGUGCAAUGAAACAUGAGAAUCAGGUAUACACAGAUCGAGAAAUAAAUACUGAAAUGCAAGCCGCUCUAAACAAUGCAUCGGCGCAUUGUUAUAUGCGGAUAUCGGGAAUGAACGAAUAAUGAGAGAAAUAUCGAUAAAAGCUACGACUCGCCGUCGAAUUAUUAUUUGCAGUCAGAUGUAUCGACACGAUAGUCUCUGUUCCUCCUUCUCUCUUUUGGCUGAACGCCGAAAUGUUGAUUCCGCGGUGACUCGACAGUCUCUCGAGUCGGGGGUUCACAUGUCCGAAAUUACUUUUGCACUCGACGCCCUUAAGACAACGCGGCGGGAUGGCCGUCGAUAGAUCCCGGGCGAGGUUUCCCUGGCAACCUAAACACGCAUAAAUCUCUCGAUCGAGCUGAGAGUUCCCGCGGAGGAGGGUCGAUUCCUCAACCCCAACGACGACGACGACGACGACUAAAACGACGGUUUGGCGACGCACGAUACCACGGAAUGAUCAGGUCGAGAGGACGCUCAGCGCGGCCGGCGUGGCUCAGUCACCUCGCAGAGACCUCGCGGAGGGCUCCGUCGGGCCCCGGCGACGGAGUGGGGCACAACAAAGCCGUCGGUACGCAGGUGAAGCGACCGUCUGCUCGCCAAGCUGCGCGUUCCUCGCGGGGCCCCUCUCGUCGGCGCGUGUUCCGGGGCCCGUGCGUUUGCCGCGCACUACCGCCACUACCACCAAGUCAUCAAGCACCAGCGCGCCACCCGGCAGCAAGCAGCGGCGAUAGCCAGUGCCAGCAACAGCAGCGAGCAGAAAAUCGUGCCGACGAUGGCCCGACUAGCAGGCCCCUGCGAGCCUCAGUCAACCGACGCGCGUCGCUAAGAACGCACACAGACAGCCGCGCUCGCGCCGGAUACAAAGUUGGCGAUUGUCGAGGAGAACGAGAGAGGCACGCCACCAGCAGACCCUCCGCUGAUCUCGAGAAGGAUCUGAGCUUGUCCGAGGACAGCGAGGAUGAGGAGAACAAGGAAAUAUCGACGAGAACGCCGAGAGAAAACAGGAGCCCAGACCUUUCGGUCAAACUGGCACCGCCGGUAAUGCUGGCGAUGACACCGGCGCCGCCGCCGCCUGUGGCGCCUAUGUCGCCCAUGGGAAUAUCACCCAUGCGUAUGUCACCGGCACAACUCAGCCCACACCGGUACCUGUCAUCCCCGAAGCAAGUAGCGGCGACGACGACGAUUCCGGAAGUAACGUUGUCCCCUCCAGCGGCUGACACUCUGCCGCCCAAAUGCUCGCCACCGGCAAACCUGGCGAACCAUCACCAGAGACCACCCAGUCCACCCGGUCAGGCGCCGCCGAGUUCCGGAAGCGCCAGCUCGAGCUCGGACUCCGGCUCGGAUUCCGGCUCGGACAGCAGCGACGAUUCCGAGGAUGACGACGACAGGUCGGCGACACAGCCGGCCAAGGGACCGUCGACGCCACCGUCGGUGUCACCGAAGCUGGAUAAUCUCGUGGAGGAACCACCGCCUGCCGUGGAGGAGUCAAAGCGUCGCUGGGAUCUCAGUUCCUUCUUCAACAAGAACCCUGCUUCGGUGCAGCAUGGAGAACAGAAUCCUGAGACUAAACCCGCCCAGGACAACGCCAGGCGAGAAGGUACUCCCGAGGCGACGAAGGAGACCAGACCGCAUAGAGAACAACCCCACGACUGGAAACUAGACGAGGCCUUAAAGAGAACUCACAACGCGACGAUGAUAAGCCUUCUGAGCGAUAGCGACCAUCAGUCCGAUCAGGGCAAGAGUCAGCUGGCCGAGGGCAAUCGAUCGCAGACAGAGAAUGCGACGAAGGUCACCGAUAACAAAAAACGCGGCCGGCCCAGAAAAUCCAUCAAGAGCCCGAAGCGCAACGAGCGCGCGUCAGAUGAGAGCCUGAAGAGCAGCAAACCAUCGCGCAGCAGGACGAGAGUUGUCAACAACAACAACAACUCCGUUAAGAAAAAGCAACCCAAGUCGAAGGCGACGUUACACACGAGCGACGAUGAAAGUGACAGUGACACGAGAUCCCAGGGUGUGUCCAGCGGUUCCAUCAGUGAUCAUCAGAACAACGUGCCGGUCGUGGGAGCAGCAAAGAGAAGCAGACUGAGCUUGUCGUCCAGCGAAGAUGACACAUCAAACCGAAAGAACAACAAUAGUGCCUCCGAGAACGAGUCCGCGCGAUGGAGAGGAGUCGCCGUCAAAAGGAACAAGCUGACGGAUUCCCCGAAGAAGCAAGACAAGAGAAAGAGUUCGACCAAGGCCAAACCGAAUAGAAGACCAAGGUCCAGAAUGAACAACGGUGACUCGGAUACUGAGAGCGAGUCCGAGAUGUCCACAAGGAGUAAUCGCAAACAGGUGGCUCGAGUCCCACCCAGACCUCGAGCGCCUCUCACCAGGGCGACGUCAUUGGACAACCUGUCAGACAGUGACAACAGCCAUGCUCCCAAGCUACAAGAGGAGGACGCUGGUAACGUACAGGACAAAAAGAAGAGUGACACGCUGCGUAAGCUCUUCUCAUCGUCGAAAGGUGGCGGUAAAGGUGGCGGUAAGGGUGGAAAAGGUGGUAAAGGUGGUGGCAAAUGCGGUAUCUACGUGGAGGAAUACACCAGCUCGGUGAACACACCGACCGGCGGGGACAGCCCGUACAAGAGGCCGUCGUCGCGUACAUCAUCCGGCAGCGUCGUACAUUCGUUCCCGCCGCUUACCUACGGCGUGAACGGCGUACCACGACUGAUAUGCAAAAUCGAUCUCAACAAACUACCGCAGAAUUGCGUGUCGCAAUUAUCGAGGGGUCAGGAACUCAGGCAGCGUACCGAAUUGCCCAAUACCAGGCCGUCUUCGAGGCAGGCUUCCAACUUGGCGACGCAACCGAGACCACCCACACCGGAGGAGGGUGAGAUCGUCGACACGUCGUCACCCCAGCAGGUUAUUCACCACACCGAUGGGCUGCUGGGUGACGGUGAUGUCAGGACUCGUACUGUGAUCACGACCGAGCUGAUAUCGUCGGACUCAAAGAGCGGCGGUGCUUUGCUCGGUGGUGCUGGUGGUGCUAGUGGUGCCAGUAUUGGUGGUAACGCGCUCAAAAGAAAACAUAUUCCGAGUUGUGGUUCUAUAACUUUAAGUACUGUGUGUGCGGACACGAAAGCGAAAAGCUCGUCUGAGCGUGACAGGAAAAAGAGAAAAAGAGAGCAUCCUGAAAAGGACGGUCAACCAUCCAGAUCUUCAUCAAGUCAGCAGAGUGAUAUUCAGCCGACGAAUCACGAAAGGGACGAAAAACAAAAUAUGAGUUUGUUGCCACCACCGGCGCCGUUGCAGCGCGUCUACUAUUCUUAUUUCAAUACACAGAAUGAUGUCUUGGAGGACCAGGAGAGUAUGCACGAUUCGUGUCUCAGGGACCAGAACCAGUACCUGACCGAAGCUAAACGACUAAAGCAUAGCGCCGACACAGAGUGCGAGCUUACGGCCCAGGGCAUGUUGUACCUGGAGGCUGUUCUAUACUUUCUGCUGACUGGCCACGCUAUGGAGUCGGACCCUGUCACAGAAAGAGCGUCCUUCACCAUGUACAAGGAUACUCUUAGUCUCAUCAAAUACAUCUCGUCGAAAUUUAAAAGCCAACCGAAUGACACUACUGAGAACAGUAUACACAACAAGUUGGCCAUCCUGAGUCUCUGGUGCCAGUCCCUCAUAUACUUGAAACUCUUCAAGAUGCGCAAACAAGACAUGAAGGAGUACCAAAAGAUAAUCAACGAGUACCAACAGAAGCCGCCAUCGGCUCAGACGCCGCAGGGACAACAAGAAGGACAGGCGACCCCUUCCUUGUCGCCCACACCAUCGCCUGCCAGUUCAGUAGGGUCUGUCGGCAGUCAAAGUUCUGGAUACAGCAGCGGCGAACUGGCCAAUCGAGGCGCGCAACAGAACCAACAGAAUCAGCAGAAUCAGCAGAAUCAGCAGAACCAGCAGAAUCAGAAUCAGAACCAAAACCAGAAUCAACCAGCAGUCCCAUUUGUCAGCGUGCCACUGUCCGUUCAUAACGCGAUGGCGAAGCAGAGUCAUCACUUCAGUUUCCUGAUGAACUGUCAUGACCUGUGGGACCAGGCAAACGCUAUGGUUACAGAUAAUCAUAGAGAUUUCUUUAUUGAGCUGGACGAGAAGCUGGGACCUCUAACGUUGAAAAGUUCGCUGCGCGAUCUUGUGCGUUACGUUCAAGCCGGUAUAAAGAAGUUACGAGCUCUCUGACCACAGUGGCACAGCCCCCGACCACCUACCCCGAACUACAUUACUUCCCUUCCGCAAAACAUGGUUACUUACCCGACCAUGUUCACGUAGUUGCACGACGUUACGACGAUCGUCAUCAACGGCAACGAACGACCGACCAGCAGUAUACGGAGACACGAGAACCGGAAGGGAGCAACAGUGAUGUAGCGUAAUCAUGGGCCGUUUUCUCCAAGAGCUUGGAGAAGCGUGGUCUCGGGGGUGCGACGAAUCGAUAAUCAUCACGGGUCAUCACGGUGAUCUAGAAAAGGCGGGGAAGGAAGCAAUUCGUAAAGUCUUUCUUAGUAAGCGGACGAUUUGAAUGACGUCGGGGCAUUUUUGAGAUAAAUUUAGUAUCAAGUUAUAUUAGUCAAUUGCGAAGCGCGUGCCUGAAGGGAUCGAGAGGAGGGAGGGAGGAGCGACUGGCGAAAUUCGCUGAUCUUACCUAGGUGCAUAAAACGAACCUCGUGCACUUUGUUUAGAGCACGUGUUACUUACUCUCGAGGCAGUGAAGAAUCGUCGGUACCACCACUACCACCUCCUCCUCUCUACGAGGCGGAGCGAUAUAUCGAGACAUAUGCGAGCAAUGCGCGAGGAUGCGCGUUAGGAUAUAGACGAGCUAUAUCGAUGAUUUAUCUCUAUUUUUAUGAAAUGUCCGCUUUUGUAAGUAAAACGCAUGUAGAUAUCGACGCGAGGCGGAAGACAAAGUCGGGUUCUAAAAAGAAGAGGAGGGGGAUAAGUGAAGUAGGAUGGGGAAAAGCCGAGCGUAAGGGAAAAGUAAGGAAAUCACGAAGGGGUAGUAGAAGUGCCACUGACGCCCGUGUGUUCUCGCUUCACGGUGCGCCACAGCCGACGUUACCUGAAGCAUGAGUCUCGUUUCGACGAUUCGAGUGCGACGAAUAUGCAAGAAGAUAUGCAUAUUUAAUAUAUUAUAUUAUAGUUUAUUAUAUCUAUAUAAAUAUAUACAUAGUUACAAAUAUAAAGAUAAGAGUAUAUUUAAUGAUGAAGGAAAAAAGUUGCACAUCCCGCGUGCCGGCGCUGUGUUUCAGUAAUAUGGGGGACAGAUGUAUUUGUGAGAGCAAGUACUGUGGGGGGAGGGGAAGGGAAAGAAGGAGACAGGGAUGUGGGCAAUUAGAGAGUGCUUUCGACGGAGAGAUGCGCGAGCAACAAGAUCAACGCACAGAGAUUGAGCGACGCACCGUAGUUACAUCUUCUAAACGUUUGCAUGCGAAGGACACGACUCUUUCUUUUUCUCUUUUUGUAGAUAGACCACGGGGAAGUAAUUUAGACUAGAGUAAUUAAUAUGCAACAGAGAAAAAGCAGUAACACACAUACACACACAGACGCAACCAAGUACAUAUUAUUUACAUUACCUAGAAUUAACCGGGGAAUAAGUAGAGGUUCUAGUGUGAUGAGAAGUAAAGAAAAAAAAUAAGUAAAUAAAACACAGACAUAGAGCAUACAUGUAUACAUAGGACGAUUUAACGAAACGAAACGGAAGCGUGGGAAAGAUAAAAAAAAAAAAGGGAGCUAGAGAAAUACACCGGAGACGAAGAGCGUGUCGGGAGGUGGUGGACGCUCUCUUGUACGCGUGUUGUAGACGUGAGACGAUAGGAAGCGCGUAACGGAUAAAGCAAGUUGCUCAUGUGUAUAUUUUUGUAAAUAGGUAUUUGCGAGAGUGCCGCCGUCUUGAGGGCGAUCUGCCGUUGUUGCAAUUUACGGUGGACGGGCCCGCCCCAAUUUUUGCUACCACAGAUCUUAUCGAGAAUCAGGAAACGUCUCUAGAGAAGCAGUUACACGCGAAGAGAAAAGAAAAACGAACGCAGAGAUACGCAGGGAAAUGUGACGGAUGAACGCACGACGCAAUGUCCGCUGAUGAAUUAAUUUCAAGAGUUCUCUCUAAAGAAGAAAGAAAUAUGCACUCUCUCCGCUCUUUGUUCCGUUCGCGUGCACAUUCACGCGACGUUAUCCUCGGACGUGCUUCUUUGUUCUGUCCCCGUUCUUACGGCUGUAUCUAAAAUACUAACGACCGAAGGAUGAGGAGAAACGCGCGUCAGAGAUCCUGAUGAGAACCUGACGGUCACAGCAGCUCCAUCGCUCGACUUGUUGCGAAUCGGACUCGCCUCAUCUUUCGAACGCAUCUCUUUUCCCACGUACGGCCGGCGAUAUAAGUGGCAUCGCGAUUAGUGGCGCAAGUGGCUAUCGGCAAUUUACUUUUCUCGAUAAAACGUUGAAUUUGACGGUGAAAUUUCUCGACGAAUCGAAUCCGACGACGAAUACUUGUCCGACGAAAGCAACUCUUAGAAAAAAAAAAGAAAAAAUUCCACGCGCGAAUCUCACGGAUCCUUAACGGUCCAAAGGAUCGCGAUCAUAGAGGCGCGAUCAUGCAUAGCUUUUAACAUAUCCGACUCGAGUUCGACUCUUUUACAAGACGGAUAAGCGUUGUCCGAUUAGGUCGGAGGACAAUCGAGGAGCGAUUCCCCGAGAGAGCGUAGGACCAAUUACCGUUCGUACAACCGCUACGACAAACGCACACUUGUGCUGUCCCGUUCGCUGACACCGUUCUGGUGUGCGGCGACGUUGAGAGAUGAGGAAGAAAAAGGAAAUGCAAGCGGGUGUAAGCGGAUUGGCGGGAUGACGACGGCCCAUAUAGUUACUAAGCGCGGUCCAAUGGUUCACGGGAUACAAUUUUAUAUUUCGCGAGUGCUAAAGGAUAAAAGGGAGAGAGAGACUAAAAGUAAAAAAAAAAUAAUAAAAAGAAUAAAGGCGAGAGAAAGAGAAGAUGUUUAUUAAGGAGCUUCGAUAUUUUCGAGACACUAUUUAUAGCAGAUACAUAUAUCAGGCCCUUUUUCCCGCCAGGCCGCGCGCGGAUCCGCGGUGACGGAAACGCAAUUCGACGAAACUCCAAAUUACAAAUUCGCGAAGUUUAUCGAGAAAAGGAGAUAUUGCGAGGGGAUAUCUGUUUUUUGUGUUUGUGUUUUUUUACGGCUAGAUGAAGAGGUCGAUAAGCGAAAAAUUGAUAAUUGUAUAUAGUUAUAAAUGUCCUCGUUUCUUUUAUUUUCUUCAUCGAUUACCUUUGUUCUUCGGUGAUACGGCAUAGAGCGUCUUCUUUCGAGCUAAUCUAUGUUCCUGUAAAAACUCCAAAGAUAAAGCGAGAAAGGUAUCGCUGGUGCGCGGGUUUUGAGAAGAAAGCGUUUGAUUCUUUCCGAUUCAUUUCUCGCAUCUAGUUUUGUUUUCUUAUCUAUUAUACUAGUUUUUUUUUUUUUUUUUUAACGGACCCAUCGCGCAAGUGAUUCAGCGCGAAUUGGUUGGCGUCGCGCGACUCACUUCGCUAUGUAUCGAGCUAUUGUGAAUGUCGUUACUGUUAUUGUUAUCAGUGAUGAUAUUAUUCAAAUAAGAGGAGGAUGAUAGCGGUUACAAUCGGUAGUAAUAAUAUGAUAAUAAUGAUAAUAAUAAUAGUAAUAAUAAUAAAAUAAGAAUAUAAUAGUAAUUAUAACAACAAUUAUAAUGAUAACAGUAACGAUGUUGCUAUUCGUAUGUUUGGUGAAAGAAUUCUUAUGUAAAAGAUGUCCCGCGAGAUGGGACACCUUGUAACAAUACUUAUUACGUUACAGAUAGUGACUAUAUCGUUAUUGUUUCCUUUUCGUUUUUUUUUUCUUUGCGAAUGUAUUUAUGCGAGUGAGAGGAAUGUAAGAGAGCGAGAGAGUAAAGUGAUAUGUAUAGGCGGACGAAGGCAAGGCCAUUGCUGUACGUCAGGUGGCCCGUGCACGAUUCUGUGUCGGGAACGGAUGAGAGAAAUAGACGAAAGAGAGAUAAUGCGACAUGAGCUUUCCAGCGUGAACUCUCUUCUGGCAUUGCACUGCGUAAUCGACAUCGUCGUUUUUAAAUAGGGGAGCGCGCCGGCAAAUACGUUCCUCUGUCUCUUCGUCGUGUCUCGCCUGGGUCUCUUGUCGCGCGUCGCGCAUGAAUUGUACGUUAUUCCUACUACCGAUCCAAACGAGGUGCGAGCUCACAAGUGCGAGCGAAACGCGGUUGCGCGAUAGAUGGGUGUCGAUACACGCGUAUCUUGUGUGUAAAACCUCGGAGGGAUUUAGUUAGCGCCGUUUUAUUUGGUCUUCUUAAUCCGACACCAAUCUGUACUUGUAAAAUAUUUAUAUAUGUAUAUAUUAAUUUAUAUAUACAUAUACACACAAUAGCCUGUAUAUACAUAUACAUAUAUACAUAUAUAUAUAUAUAUAUAUAUAUAUAUAUAUAUAUAUAUAUAUAUAUAUAUAUAUUAAAGAAACAAAACAUACACACGCAAUCUUAAUUACGAUUAUAUCACACAUAUAUUAUUAUAAUUAUAUAAUUAACAUUAUUGCACGCGAUGUAUAUGAUUAUACGACACUUAUUUUACUAUAUUCGCGCGCGUACGGACGUGUAUUGUGUAUCACUACCUUGUCCUCAAGUGCAGACAGACGCGAUUCAGCCGUCGCUAAGCUCCCCUGUCCAUCGCGAUUGUGCCAAAAGAGUAAAAACCGCCUUCGGGGCAGCCACUGCGACGUUUCACCGGUCGACUCGACGGGGAAGUUGAUCCUUACGGAUUAGCCGCAUUGUUCUUUGUCUUGUCAUCAGAAUUCUUCGAAAACACUCAUCGAGAACGCGACUCGCCUCUGUCGAUCGCCCUGUUCGCGAUGAUCGUCGCGACAUCGUCGACGCUGACAUUUCCGGAAGGUGCGAAACGGUCUCGAUUCGAGACGUUUUUACUCGCGACAGAGAAAGAGGGAGGGACGCGAGAUUUUAAUCACCCGCGGUAGAGAGAAUUUUGGACGAUCGUUUCUUCUUAUUCGGAGCACGCAGUUGUGAUCUCGAGUCGAGAGGUCUGUUCUGUUUAGCUGAACUGUCUGAAUAAGUUCGAAUGAAAGAAAAUACAUAUUUGUCUCACUCCAAUUUACCGUGCCAGUGCGCACCAGUUUAAACUAAAAGGAACAGAUUUGAGGCUACGCUCGCGAAAGUGAGAAUUUCCGGUGGACGCGCCGUGGCUGCGCGAGGCGCAACGAUUCGACGAUGGGAGAGCGGGGGACGAGUGGGCGAACGGAUGGGGUAGUUUAACGGCGAUGUCCCGAAGAUUGGCGAGGCGAUCGUACGCCGGUUGUACCGAGCGAUGCACAAGUGAACUCGAUCGAUCGCGUUCGAAGCGACGCGUCCAAACGGCGACACGAGGACGGACUCCGCGUACGACCGCGAGGGUAGACACCCCCGCCCCCGCCUUCCUCUGUUAAUUCUGUCGCGGGGGUGGAAUUUGUGUUACUUGCGUCACCUCCGUAGGCUUCCAAACGUAUCGAGCGGCUCGAUCGAAUCCUCUCGCGUCGAGGUGUACGCCGCCGCCGCGAGGGUGGUUUCUGUUUUUUUUGUACUCUUUGUUACGUUCUGGUUACGUUUUAUGGUGUGCGAUUACGGGAACGAUAACGAUUACGGAAUGUUCUGAGAAUCUACCCUCCUUUCGUGACACGCAGAGUAUCGUCGAGCCAAGCAAGCAAAAUAUAUAUAUACAUAUAUAUAUAUAUAUAUAUAUAUAUAUAUAUAUAUAUAUAUAUAUAUAUAUAUGCGAUAGGCGGUCGUCUCCGAUUGGCAUUACUACCACGCGGUACACGUGCUGAGAUAUACAAGGUGUCCCACGUCAAAUAUUGAAGUGACAGGUAACGGAAGUGAAAUUGUGAGACGAGAAUCUCACUUUGGCACCUUAAUACGAGCAACAAUUAACGAGUCAAUUGAGUUUGAUGUUUAGUACACUCUAAUUUGCGGACUCCAUAGCGCGUCGCGCCGAAGAAACGCGAACUCCCACCUCCUAGACUAGCUUUGCCCUUCCGGUGAGAGCAGUUCUCUGACCAAAAUAUAUCGAGGCUGAUCCAAGAGUUCGCACUUGCUCGGCGCGCGGCACUAUCUGCGGUCCGCCAAUUAGAAUGCGCUAAGCAUGAAACUUGAUUAAUUCUGUAUCUGUAUCUUUAUUUCCAACUUCAGCUUUUCUUGCCAAGAAGUUUCUAUGUAUAUUCUUUUCCUUAUAUCUACGCUUUUUAUCUUUUUACAUUUUUUUUCCUUUUCUCGCAUCUUAACCCCUAUUUGUAUCUUAACCUACUCUUUUUCCUUCUUUCUUCCUUGUUCCUUAUUUAACUUUUCUUAUCCUAUAUGUAUCUUAAACCUAUUCUGGCAAAUUCCUUUUCUUUUUUGGAUUUCUUAACCUUAUAUUUUUUAUCCUAUACCCUCGGAGGCUUUGCCACGCCUCGGAGGUUUUACCGAGGGCGAGCGUACGAAAAUUUUCCUUUUCUCUGGGAAUCGAACCCGAGCGUGGUAGACUAGUGUGUAGUCCGCCGUGCUAUGCUCGCACUGAAACUUGAUUAAUUAAUAAUUCGUUAACUAUUGCUCGUAUCCGAAAAUGGCGAAGGACUUUCCGUCACGCUUCUAUCGCCCGCUAUUUCAAUAUUUGGCGGUUAGUGCGAGACACCCUGUAUAUAUACAUAUAUACAUAUAGAUAUAUAUAUAUACACACACGUACACGGCAAACACACACACGUACACACGUUACAUCGACUAAUUACACGUUCACCGGACAUACUUAACGAGUCGUUUAGUGACAGACUGACAGCCGGGCGAUAGAUGAUAGCAGGAAGGAUAGGCAGGAGUGAAUGAAGGAGCAGGAUUAGUCGGAGGAUCGAUGAUAGGGGAGGAGUUGGAGGACAUGUGAAUGGCAACCGCACCAAGGAGAGACCAAACUCGCUUAAUGAAAUAUGUGUAAUUACCUACUUGCUUUUUAUUUAUUUUAAUUAUUAAUUAAUUAGUUAUCGUAUUUAUUGGCGCGGAGGCUGACACGCAGCAGACUGACUGACAGACAGAUAAACGUACAUACAUAUACAUACGUGCAUACAUAUAUACAUACAUACAUACAUGCACGCAUUACAUCGGCACGCAUCAUUUCCGGGGUGACAGAGAUCAUAGAAAUAAUUGCAGAUGUAAACACACGUACACGCGGACGCACGAAUGUGCCCGGGCAGAGUCACCGCCAUCCCCGCGAACCAUUCGAACCGACGAUGUAAAAAGGAAAAAUUAUUCGGAAGAUCUUUCGAUUGUUACUUAAACUCUCUUGUUCGAGCGUGGCGAAUCGAGCGGCUCAAUAAAGGAGAAGGUACGGGCUGUACGGGAAGGGGUCCUUUGUUUUCUCUCUCGCGUGCAUUACACCUCACCCGAUUCUCUUCUGUGUGCUUACUUUCUGUUCUAGAUAUCGAUUGUCAGUGGGAAGUAAUUUACAGAGGGAGAGUUGCUCGUCACCGUUUCUCUUUUCCUUGUCGCGACGGAGACUGCACUGCUCGAGUAAUACGACACGUCGCGAUCUGUCAGCACUUUUUCGUCAAUCGUGCGCGAUACCAAGUGGAAAGAACUUCCUUCGUUUGACGACGGAUUUAUCAAUCAUGUCGUCGGAACUACACUUUUGACGCAUAGACGGGAUAGAAAGAAGAGUACAAAAUUUACGUAGCGGACGCGAAGGGACUCGUAACAAUACUCCAUCUCUCGUGACGUUCCAAACGCCUCUGUAUAUCGAGUGAUCGAUAUCUACCUUGAUAGUUACACUAUCCAGCCCCUUUUAUUACUCACGUUGCCAAACACACUGUACGACUUGCGAUUGUAAAUAAAUUGUAUCAAAAGAAACAAACAAGAGGAAGAUCGUGCCGAGAUGACGAGUCGUUCUCUGCCAAUGUGCUCUUUCUGUUCACUUCCUUUCGAGAGAUCCGGCUUCUUUCGUUUUCGCACGUCGUCCUCGAGGGCUUCGACUUCCCUUUCGUUUCGCUCCGCGCGCGUCUGACCGGAUACUGUCUUUCACCACGUCGCGCGACUCUGCUUCCGCCGCUCGGGACGCGCCGCGUUGCAAUACAUUUUUCUCGACGAAUCAUAGCGCAGCUCGACGACUAUGACUACUAUUAUACCAUCGCUACACACGCGAGGAAGACGAACUAGAAAUCGGUAAAAAGCGAAAACCACGUGAGAGACGCAACGGCGACAGGGGAGAUAAAACGUGGAAAGAGAAAGACCGUGACAAUAUAUACAUAUAUACAUAUACAUAUACAUAUAUAUAUCUAUAUAUUUGCGAGAUAUUUUGUGAAACAGGGCUUUUUUACCUAUUUUAUAGUAAUCUCAGCUAAAACGAAUUGAGAGAGAGAGAGAGAGAGAGUGAAAGAGAGAAAGCGAGCGAGAGAAAGAGAGAGAGAGAGCCUUUACUAAAAUUAAUAAAUUAAAGAGACGCGGAUGUUGGAGAGAUGAUGUAUAAGCAGUUGAUACGGUCUGUAAAUGCGUACAUACAUAGAUAAAUGCCGUCGUUUAAUGGGGACGGUAACACCAUAACGUGUACUCUUUAUUUUUGUUUAUGUUUUGCGCCUUAGGCUCUCAUUAGUACUAUAUAUUAUAAUUAUUAUUAUAAUUAUUAUUAAUUAUUUCAAUCAUGUGUUUAGUAUUCUUAUUGAUUAUUAUAUUAUAUAUUAUACUAUAUAUUAUGUUAUAUUAUAUAUUACGUUAUAUAUUAUAUUAUUAUUGUGUACAUGAUAUAUAUAAAUUGUAAAAAGAAACCUAUUUACUAUAUCAUAUUCAUUUUACGGGGAUGUACCGUGGAAUCCCCCGAAUGAACAAAUUGUUUAAACUAAAAAAUGAUGGAAUAAAUAAAAUAUUGACCAAAUUUA